GGUAGUUGAUGGUUUUGAACAAAGUCGUAAUACUAGUAGAUAACUCAAAAAAGAAAUGUUCGCAUUGAAGGCGUUUACAUUCAUUGCAACUUGGAAAAUUGUCGUAGCACUUAUUAACAAUGUUAAAGAAUAUUCUUUCGGGCCCACCGAAGGAAAACAAGAAGUCACUUGUGGAACGGUAUUAACGCACGCUAGGUCAAGAAUUACUUGUUUUGCCGCGUGCCUUGAAAGUUCUUCUUGUAAGGCAUCUGGUUAUAAGAAACACACAAAGGAAUGUGAACUAUACGAUGAACAUUCAACUGGGAUUUUGGCAGGGGGAUGGACCCUCAUGAUUGCAAACGAGUGCUCUAGCAGUCCAUGUCUAAACGGUGGGACUUGUACUGAUACAGUCAAUGGUUACACAUGUACUUGUGUCCCUGGAUAUGAGGGGGUGGAAUGUUCCAUGAAUACAGACGAGUGCUCUAGCAGUCCAUGCCUGAACGGUGGGACUUGUACUGAUGCAGUCAAUGGUUACACAUGUACUUGUGUCCCUGGAUAUGAGGGGGUGGAGUGUGCCAUAAAUACCGACGAGUGUUCUAGCAAUCCAUGCAUGAACGGUGGGGCAUGUACUGAUGCAGUCAAUGGUUACACAUGUACUUGUGUCCCUGGAUAUGAGGGGGUGGAGUGUGCCAUAAAUACCAACGAGUGUUCUAGCAAUCCAUGCCUGAACGGUGGGGCAUGUAUAGAUCAAGUCAAUGGUUACACAUGUACCUGUGUCCCUGGAUAUGAGGGGGUGGAGUGUGCCAUAAAUACCAACGAGUGUUCUAGCAAUCCAUGCCUGAACGGUGGGGCAUGUAUAGAUCAAGUCAAUGGUUACACAUGUACUUGUGUCCCUGGAUAUGAGGGGGUGGAGUGUGCCAUAAAUACCAACGAGUGUUCUAGCAAUCCAUGCCUGAACGGUGGGGCAUGUAUAGAUCAAGUCAAUGGUUACACAUGUACUUGUGUCCCUGGAUAUGAGGGGGCGGAGUGUGCUAUAAAUACCAACGAGUGUUCUAGCAAUCCAUGCCUGAACGGUGGGGCAUGUAUAGAUGAAGUCAAUGGUUACACAUGUACUUGUGUCACUGGAUAUGAGGGGGCGGAGUGUGCUAUAAAUACAGACGAGUGUUCUAGUAACCCAUGCCUGAACGGUGGGGCAUGUAUAGAUGAAGUCAAUGGUUACACAUGUACUUGUGUCCCUGGAUAUGAGGGGGUGGAGUGUGCCAUAAAUACCAACGAGUGUUCUAGCAAUCCAUGCCUGAGCGGUGGGGCAUGUAUAGAUGAAGUCAAUGGUUACACAUGUACUUGUGUCCCUGGAUAUGAGGGGGUGGAGUGUGCUAUAAAUACCAACGAGUGUUCUAGCAAUCCAUGCCUGAACGGUGGGGCAUGUAUAGAUGAAGUCAAUGGUUACACAUGUACUUGUGUCCCUGGAUAUGAGGGGGCGGAGUGUGCCAUAAAUACCAACGAGUGUUCUAGCAAUCCAUGCCUGAACGGUGGGGCAUGUAUAGAUGAAGUCAAUGGUUACACAUGUACUUGUGUCCCUGGAUAUGAGGGGGUGGAGUGUGCCAUAAAUACCGACGAGUGUUCUAGCAAUCCAUGCAUGAACGAUGGGGCAUGUAUAGAUGAAGUCAAUGGUUACACAUGUACUUGUGUCCCUGGAUAUGAGGGGGCGGAGUGUGCUAUAAAUACAGACGAGUGUUCUAGCAACCCAUGUCAAAACGUUGGGACUUGUAUUGAUGACGUCAACGGUUACACGUGUACUUGUGUCCCUGGAUAUGAAGGAGUGGAGUGUGCCAUAAAUACAGACGAGUGCUCUAGCAGUCCAUGUCUAAACAAUGGGACUUGUACUGAUGCAGUCAAUGGUUACACAUGUACUUGUGUCCCUGGAUAUGAGGGGGCGGAGUGUGCCAUAAAUACGAAUGAGUGUUCUAGCAAUCCAUGUUUAAAUGGUGGAACGUGUACAGAUCAAGUCAACGGCUACACAUGCAGUUGCGGACUUAAUUAUUCUGGUUUGCUGUGUCAGAACUUGGCUGACGAUAGAUAGACUUGCCAAAAAGAACCUGAGAAACGUCUAGAUAUCGGCUGUUCAAGUGGAGACAGAUAGUUGUUGAUUACUUCCUCCUGUUAAAACGCCACUGUUUAAAGAAUAUUGUAUUGGUAGAUUGAUUUAAUAUCACUGGACAUGAUAUUGCUUGUUGCAUUUCACACAGCGUUACCGUUUAUCAUUUAUUUGGGAUUACGCAAGGGUCCCCUUUU